AUAUACGUCACAGCGCCUGAAUUGCAUCACAUACUUGACGCGUGUGGCUUGUUAGCUGUUUAGCACGUCGUUGUCAAUUUAUCUUAUUUUCUUAUGGCGAAUGGUUGCAAGGAUGUGCUCUUCAUGCGGGGCACCGGACAGAGUGACGACUCUGAUAUUUGGGAUGACACCGCCUUGAUAAAAGCCUACGACAAGGCUGUCGCAUCAUUUAAGAGUGCCCUUAAAGGGGAAGACGACCCGCAAGCUACACUCGAAAGCUGCCCUGGGAAGAAGCGGAAGAAUAAUAAAAAGAAAAACACAAGGAAAAGAAUCAAUGCACCUACAGAUAAAGAGUGGCAGGUGGGGGAUUCUUGCUAUGCUUAUUGGUCUGAAGAUGGUCAACUCUAUUCAGCUACCAUCUCCUCUGUGGACAAGAACAGCGGCACAUGCGUCGUCGUUUACACAGACUAUGGCAACGAGGAAGAGAAGAACCUCGAAGAUCUGCUCUCGGAGAUUUCUGAGGCUGAUGACGAAACUAAGACGACGACACAGGAGGUAGAGUCUUCCACAGAGGAAAGCGACAGGUCAGCAGAACCAAGCCAGCGCAAACAGCAGCCGCACAGCAAAAGCCCAAAGGCCAAAUUCCACAAGGUUCCUCCCCCUAUGUGGGCUCCAGGAUUCCCUCCUCCUUGCCCACCUCCCAUGCCACCAUUCAGACAGUGUGGAAAAAGGCAGCAUGGUGGUCAUGGGCACGUACCUCCCCCUUUCCAUCCCAUGAUGCGAUUCGGCCCACCAAUGAUCCCUCCACCUCCACCAAUGAGUCCUGACAUGGGAGAUGACGAGGCCAUGGGGAGCAUGCUCAUUUCCUGGUACAUGAGUGGUUACCACACGGGCUACUACUUGGGGUUGAGACAAGGUCGCAACGACGCUGCCAAAUGGACCAAGCCAAACCACAAAUAAAAGGAUUUUUUUUUUUUUUAACAGAAGUGGCAUUGUACUUCUAUUUGUGAACGUUCACUGAGGGAAGACAGUUUUGUAUGUUCUGUAAAUAGCUUUAAUAAAGGAUAAGAAGUAUA